CGCCGUCAUGCCAUCAUGAGCAACGCAGUAACUGUCCGGACCAGGAAGUUCAUGACCACCCGACUGCUUCAGCGGGAACAAAUGGGCACUGAUGUCCUUCGUCCUGGGAAGGCAACAGUGCCUAAGACAGAAAUUUGGGGAAAACUAGCCAAAAUGUACAAGACCACACCAGAUGUCACCUUUGUGUUUGGGCUCAGAAGCCAUGUUGGUGAUGGCAAGACAACUGGCCUUGGCAUGAUUUACGAUCCCUUGGGUCACGCGAAGCAGGAUGAGCCCAAACACAGGCUUGCAAGACAUGGCCUGUACGAGAAGACCUCAAGAAAGCAGCGAAAGGAGCGCACGAGCAGAAUGAAGCCGGUCGUGGGGACUGCAGAGGCCAGUUUGGUGCUGGCAAAAAGAAGUCAGCUGGAGAUCGGACAGCAGAGGAGUAAAGAUUCUGCGGUGGUUGUGCAGCUUUGUCGUGAGAGAAUUAAUAAAGUAAGACCUUUUACGUGAAAAAAAUAAUCAAAAAAUCAAGGCGGCGACGCACGUAGAGUUUACGCAGUGCAGUGCCUGGCACCCCCGCCCCCUCCUGGUGACCUUCUCUUUAUUCUCGUUAUCGUUAAAGGGUCACCUGAGGCAGUAGCUCGUGGCAUGCUAGCCCCUCUCCUGCCUCUGCCUUCUGGGUUUUUUCCUCUCCCUGCCCUACUUCACUUUAUUCCUGUUUCACCCGAUCUUUCCUGUGGCCCUGUGGCCCCAUGGGCACUCGUGAGCCAGCUGGUGGUGCCGGUGGUGAAGGGCGAGGCGGUCCCUGCUCCCUGGGGUGUGGCCGCAGAGGGGCAGUGGAGAGACCGAUGGAGGCGUGAACUUCACCACCAGAACAACAGUGGGAACGCUGUCUUGGCCAGUGCAACAUUGUUUAGUGUGCCACGUCACCUGGAAUUAGGUUUAAAUCCCCCCAACAGCUUGGAUUGGUCUGACACCUUUGGUGUUAUAUGAACAUUCCUUACAAAGGCUGUUAAGCAGGUCAGAUGGGCAGUUUGGACAGAAAUUGUCCAGCCCUCGGAUGGUCGACACCAAGCACAUGUUCUCGCCAGAGGCCCUCCUUGGGUCCCGAGGCAGCGGAGCCUAUGACACUCACAUCCCGGAGUGAACUCCCGGGUUUGUUUGGACCUGUCCUUUCAUUUAAAUUGCUGUGCAAACUUGUGAUCCAUGAGACUUAACGUGAUUUCUUCCACUGUUCUAAGCAUUUGACAUGACUAGGAGGUGGGGUGAGGUUGGGUCUGUACUGUGACCCUACAUCAUAGGAUUGAUGCCCGCUUCCACCAGCACGCCAGAGCACCCGCCAGUGUGUGCGUCACUGGCCCAGGUCUGGAGGACCGGCCUCUGCGGGCACCCACCAAGUCAGCGCUCAGUGAAGAACGUUAAGUCUUAAGGAAGGAGUAACCUGAUAGUUGAGGCCAGUGUUAGAACAGCCGUCCCCAGAGCAUUUAGGAUUCAGUUGAUAUCAUCGUCACUGCAGGAAUUCCAAAGAGUGGGGGCAUCUUGAUAAGGAAGUUGGAGUUUGGUCUGGGCCCUGAAGGGUGGUAGGAUUUAAGACUAUAUGGGGAUCGGUUGCCAGUUUUUUUGUGUGUUUUUUGUUGUUGUUGUUGUUACUUGUUGUUGUUUUUGCGAUACGCAGGCCUCUCACUGUUGUGGCCUCUCCCGUUGCGGAGCACAGGCUCCGGACGCGCAGGCUUAGCGGCCACGGCUCACGGGCCCAGCCGCUCCGUGGCACGUGGGAUCUUCCCGGACCAGGGCACGAACCCAUGUCCCCUGCAUCGGCAGGCGGACUCUCAACCACUGUGCCACCAGGGAAGCCCAGGUUGCCAGUUUUAACAACCAAUAUAUGUCAUGUGUAAACUGGAGACAUACUAAAACAUUAUUCAUUAUGUAUCUGAAAUACAAAUUUAACUGGCCAAAUGCAUUGUUUUAUCCAGCAACCCUAAAUGGGGAGGAUUUUUAAGUGGAAGAAUGCAUGUGCAAACUCGCAUGUCUAGCAGCACUGAGUAGGACAGUGUGGUGGGUUGAGAGGGUUCAGGCAGAAGUGCAGGGGUGGGAAGGGGGUGGGAGCGAGACGGAUUGGCGGUGGUGCCAGAUCAUGACUAACGCGCCCAUGGCAGCUGCUCUGGUGCGGAUCUGCGAGCACACUGUGUAGUCCACACCUCUCGUUCCACAUGACGACACUAAUGUUAUUUUUACAGAGCAUUUUAGCUUUGAUCAAAGAAACAGGAGUGGUGGAGGGAAACAAUACAAGGAUAUGGCCCACCUUGGGAGUUUAUCCAAAAGGCGAAAAUUGUACCUGCUGGGGUGGAGAAUCAUCCAGCCGUAUCACAACCAGGUGCUUUUCGUGGUGGGGCAGGUCAUCCGUCAUCCAUGAACUCUCUGUGUUUUUCUGUGCACAGCCGUAGCUUUGUGAGUUACAGUUCAGAUGUAUGUUUUCCUUAGGUUGGUUAGAACCUGGCCGUAGAUUUUGCAGAGUCCAGGCACAGGUCUUCAAGGGUGGCUUGGAUCUGGGUGCUCAGGUACUAUCUCCACGGCCCUGCAGUGCUCAGAAACACAGGGAGGUACUCUCCCGCUGCCUGCUGCAGCCCAGGCCCUGCACCCCCAACCCAGCUGCCCUGGCAGAAAGGAGGUGAGCCGUGUAUCCCUCCAUCGCCCCUGGAGAAGACUCUUCCCUGCAUAUGCCAGGGGCUGAGGCCCUCUCGUUGCCCAUGCGUGGUGGUGGAGUAGAGAUCAGCCUUGCCCAACCAUAUGGUGUGAGGAGCUUUGUGACCAGAAGAAUAGGAAAGGAGGCCGGGCAGGCAACAGGAGUGGCCAUUGAUGACAGCUGGUACCACGGAUCGGCCCCUUGCGCCGCUGCCUUAAUCUGCGUUGUCUGUGCUUCGAAGGACGUGAGUUACAAAGUGGGGAGUGGAGUCCCUUCUGGUCCUUUAUGCUGGCCUUGAAAGUACCCAGAUCUGCUUGGACAGGUAGGGAGGGCUGGAUCCCAUUUUCUAGAAAAGUGGCUGCCACAUUUUUUGAUUUCACAGGCCAGAGACAUUUAAAAGUGAAGAGGAGGAAUAGGUCAUUGGUUGUGAACCUUUAGAACAAAAACAAGACCUAUCGUUUCAUCAAGUUACGGACACCUUAACACCAAAAAAAGAAAAAAAAAGGG